GAGCCCGAAUCUCGCUCUUCGCUCGAAAGGUCCAGCAUUUGAUAAAUGACGAAGACAUCUCCAUCGCACAUCAAUAUAUAAGUAUGCCCCGGAGCCUGUCGAUGGAACCGACAAAACACCAUAACGAUAUCUGAACGUCUGAUCUUCUAUUGUAUAACACUCUAACUCAUUCACACGUCCUAAUAUGUCCGCUCUCUUUAACGAGAACAAGAAGCUCAUCCUGGUCAUCGGUGCCACCGGUGCCCAGGGACUUGCUGUGAUCAACAAGCUGCUGGCCCCGUGCGAAGACAGCUCUCCAUCCCCAUAUGCGGUCCGUGCCCUGACCCGUAAUCCGGACAGCCGACGAGCCAAGAGCCUGCAAGCUAGAGGCAUCGAAUGCGUUAAAGGCCGUUUUGACGACUUUGAUGCUGUAGCCGCUGCUCUGAAAGGCGUAUAUGGUGCCUGGAUCAACACCGAUGGCUUCACUGUAGGCGAAGAGAAAGAAGUUUGGUGCGGCAUCAGGAUCUACGAGCUCGCAAAGCAGGCCGGUGUCCGGCACUAUGUCUGGAGUAGCCUCGACUAUGCGUCUAAGCUAGGCAAUUACAACCCAUUGUACAAGUGCGAGCACUACGACGGUAAGGGAAGGGUGGCAGACUUCCUCAAGUCGCAGCCGUCUGUCGUGAGCGACACUGAUCUAUCCUGGACGGUCGUCACCUCCGGUCCAUACAUGGAUAUGCUGUAUCAGCUCAUGUUCGGGCCCCUCAAAAGGAGGAAGGACGGCACCGUGGUCUUCGCCACUCCAGUGGGCAAGGGCCACGUCCCAAUGAUUGCGCUGUCCGACCUCGGCUUCUGGGCGCGCUACACCUUCGACCACCGCGCGAGCACCUCCGGCGCUGACCUGCAGGUCGCCAGCGAUUGGGUCUCGUGGGAAUACCUCGCGGAGACCUUCGAGCGGGUGACUGGGCAGAAGGUCGAGGUCAUCUACCAGGACCUCGACGAGUGGUUGGACAACUUUGAGGGCACCGACCGUCCCGUCGCGAACGAGCGCCCGUACGGCACCACCUCUUGGCGCCAGAACUUCCGCGCGUGGUGGGCGCUUUGGCGUGACGACAUCGUCAAGCGCGACUGGGCGUGGAUCAGGAAGGUGAACCCGAAGGGCCACACGCUCGAGUCGUGGAUGCGGGCGGAGCACUAUGGCGCCGAGCUGUUCCAGCGGCCGCAUUUGGUCCUCAAGAACGUCGAGGAGGGUAAGACAGUGAGGCCGAAGAAGGAGCGUAUUGACCAGUUGUGA